AUGCAAUCACAGAAAACAGGCUCGAAAACAACCGAAGGCUGUGAACGCGCGUGCACAGCCUUCGCUCGUUUGCUCAUCAUUAUUCUAGUAAAAAUAGGUAAAAAUAGACGUCGCGCCGUACAAAACACCGCCCGCCCCCGUCAGCACAUGCCCUCCUUCUCCAUCUCGAACUCGCACGCGGGCACGACGCGCACUUCGCCUCCGUCGCCGACGACGACGACGGUGUCGUGGUCUUGCACCAAGCUCUUACGGUGUCCGACGCUAACGACUGCGCAGCCGAUAUCGCGGAGCGCCUGCAUGACGACGCGCUCUCCGUCCCUGUCUAGCCCCGCGGUGCCCUCGUCCACGACGACGACGGCCGCUUCUCGCACGACGGCGCGCGCGGCCGCGAGCCGCUGCAUCUCGCCCGCGGAGAGCGCGCGCUCCCACGCAGAGUCGUCGCCCAGCGCCGCUUGCAGCUCGCCGAGCCCGACCCGCGUCAGCGCCGCCUCCAGCGCGCGGGGGGAUGCGCCCGCGGCCCCGCGACCCGGGUACCAUAGCUGCUCGCGCAGCGACCCGGCCGGCGAGUACGCGUGCUGCGGCAGGAAUAUCAUCCGCGCGCGCGCUGGCCGCACGAUCGUCCCGGUCCCGUGCGACCACAGACCGGCCAGGCACCGCAGCAGGCUCGUCUUGCCGCUCCCGCUGCGCCCCACGAUUAGCACCCGCUCCCCGCCCCGGAUCUCCACGGACAGGUCGUGGAUCAGCCGCCGCGUCCCGCACGGCGUGUACACGGACAGAUUGCGCACGGAGAUCCCGCUCGUCGUCGCGUCCUCGAUCGUGUGGAUCCGCCCCGACCACGCCCCCGCCCCCGCACCGCUGCUUGCCACCCCGUUUCCGUUCCCGCGCGUUGACGCCCUCGCCCCCUCGCUUUCCACUUCCCUUGCCCCUUUCAUUUCGCCUGCGCUCUCGCUAGCGCUUGCGCUUGCGCUUUCGCUUUCGUUUUCCCACAGCUUGAAGUCGUGCGACGAAUUGUCUAGAUUCCCUUCCAGUUUGAUAAUAAACCCAGAGAGACGCUCGAUCGACGCCCCAAGCCAUGAGUAUCUGUACAUGUCACCAACCACAACAAUUCGUUAG